AUGGCCCGUCGAACCCGUUCCUCAAUGGCGUCGCCCGCAACCACGCCCGCCCUGACGGACUCCGAACCCCAACCCUCCGACGCUGCUGACGAAACAAUCGGCGUCGACUUUUCAGGUCCAUUGCUCACGCCCGAGAACAGCCGUUCAGAGACUUCCAGUACCAAUGAGCCUGCGUCUGGCGAAGAGAAACCGGUGGUGCGACGGAGAUCGACGCGCGUGACGCGUGCAUCACUGCGCGGUUUGGAGAAACUUCACGAGGCCGAAGAGGACAACCAGACCAAUGCAUCGGAAUCUUCUGUCGAGGCGAAAGAUCGUACUGUGUCCGGAGAGACGCUUGUCAAUGGCAUUGCGGAGGAUAAUGGCUCGCGCCCCUCCUCUCCCCGGCAUAGUACUGAUGUUAUGGAGAGCUCGGGCAGUCAGCCAACGCUCUUGCAAGAGGACACGGAGAACAGUGAGCCUGCAAGAUGUGACACGCCUGCUUCCAAGGAGUCACAGGUUUCCACGGACCAGUCGUCAAGGCGUCGUUCGUUGCGGGAGCGGCCGGAGAAGGAGCCGACAAAGACGGGGAAAGAAGACAAAGACGAGAAGGAGCAGAAGACAGCAGUUCUGAAAGAUAAAGCUGGAAGUGCACAGCCCCUACGACGCUCUUCCCGUCUGAGUCUGCUUUCAAAGGCUUCAUGCGUUGUCGACAAAGCUACCGGUGUUCUUGGCAAACGAUCUAGAGAUGUGAUGGAGAAGAGCAAAGAAGUAUUGAAUCGUAGAGCCAGCCUACGUCCCCGGCAUUCUCUUCCUGCGAAGCAGGAAUCCUCUGUGUCAGCCGGUCCAGCACCCAAGAAACGUCGGGUCUCUGAAAGCGACCUGCCCUCGAAGAACGCGACAAAAGAAUCGCCUACAAAGGAGGAAGAGCAGCAGAAAACCGCUCCUGUUGCUCCUCGAUACAAGCCUAAGAUGUGGCUGACGCAUGGUUUGUAUACGGGACAAGAUCGCUACAUGGACCCCCGUCUCAAUGAGGCGAAGAAUAAGCUCAAGAGCGCCAAAAGAAAUGCCCCUGUCGAACCUCAACGAAAGAUACUUCCCAUGCCCAUGUUUGCUGGUGAGAGACUUCUGAAGAAUGGCCGGGACUUCAAGUUGCCCUAUGACAUUUUCUCGCCGCUUCCUCCUGGCCAGCCCAAGCCGAAUGAAUGGAAAAAGGUUAACAAAAAUGUGUUUGUGGGUGAUGCUGCAACUUUCUGGAGGGAAAACAAGCCCGUAGAGCUGUCGACGUGCACGUGUACCGAAGAGACUGGUUGCGAUGAGAAUUGCCAGAAUCGGUACAUGUUCUAUGAAUGUGAUGACACCAACUGUCGCCUUGGCCCCAACUGUGGGAAUCGCAGUUUCGAAGAACUGAAGCAGCGCAUCAAGGCAGGAGGCAAAUACAACAUUGGUGUAGAGGUCAUUAAAACCCCAGAUCGCGGAUAUGGGGUUCGUAGCAAUCGCACAUUUGAGCCGAACCAGAUCAUUGUGGAGUAUACCGGCGAGAUCAUUACUCAACAAGAGUGCGAACGUCGAAUGAGAACAGUUUACAAGAACAAUGAGUGCUAUUAUUUAAUGUAUUUUGACCAGAACAUGAUCAUUGACGCUACCCGUGGCUCCAUUGCACGCUUUGUCAAUCACUCCUGUGAGCCAAACUGCAGGAUGGAGAAGUGGACUGUCCAAGGCAAGCCACGCAUGGCCCUCUUUGCCGGUGAGAGAGGCAUCAUGACCGGAGAGGAGCUAACAUAUGAUUAUAACUUUGAUCCGUUCUCGCGGAAGAAUGUGCAGGAAUGCCGCUGUGGUGCUCCCACCUGUCGUGGUGUCCUAGGACCACGACCAAAAGAGCAGCGCUCGAAGGAGGCGAAAUCAGAUGACAAGAAAAAUUCAAAGGCCCAGAAAAAGAAAGGAUCCAAGUCUAGCUCGGCAGGCACGAAACGCAAGAGCGAGAGUGUGCUUGAGGAGUCGACGUCCCGUGUGAACAAGAAACGGAAGUUAUUGACGGCCAAGUCUGUCAAAACCGGCAUUAAAAAAGCAGUCACGAAAGCUCGCGUGACCAUAUCCAAGAAGAAGGGUGUAACCGUUAAGACCAAAAAGAAGGCCGGGACCACGUCGACAGCAAAGGCAACGAAAACGACGAAAACAACGAAGGCUGGAGGGAAGACCAUCAGCAAAUUUAAAACCAAGACAGCUGCCAAGGUAUCGAAAGCAAAGCCCAAGGCAAAGUCGACAAAGGCCACGAGCAGUUUGUCCACUGCAGGAAAAGCGAGCGCCAAAAACAGCCGUUUAUCAGCGACGGAGAAGGUCAAAACCAAGCUCAAGGCAACUGCAAGGCGAUCAACGAGUUUCAAAAAGGCGCAGAAACCUGUGACAGCAAAAAGCCCAGUCAGUAAGGCCAAGGCGAACGGCACCGUUAAGAGUCCGGGUCGAGGAGGUAGUGUAAAGGGCACUCCGAAAGCAGCUGUCAGCACUCCGAAAGGUGCACAAAGUGGGCAGUAG